AUGGCGGCGUCUAACGGUAUCUACUCGGCGAACUCGUUCAUGAACCCGGGCCCUGCUCCCCGGCCGCCGACCGACCGACCUCGCCUCAACCUUACCCCCGAUGCUAAUCUCCCCGGAAGCAUGGCCAACAUGGUCAUUUCGCCCAUCCGAAGCACCGCGACCUCCACAUACACUGGCUCCACAAUCUCUCUGCCCCUUGCCGCUCGUCAGUUGGCCAACAACACUGACGGCCUCGGAGGUGUGGCGAUAAAGAAGGAGGGCUGGGCUCAGGUUAAAGAGAGCAAGAACUUCAUCCAGCCUUGGAAGGCGAAAUACCUAAUCCUGCGAAAAGAAUCGCUCGAUUUCCACAAGGCCGAGGGCGGCAAGAUUUCAUAUACUCUUUACCUUAAAGAUGUGGUAAAUGUCGGUCGAGUCGAAGCCGCUGGAACCAUUUUCGAGAUCAAGCGCAACACGGGCGGUAGUUCGACUAGCCCCGGCGACGACGAUGGUACUGUCCGCACCCUGCAGAUCAGAGUAAAGGGCGAUGAUGAUCUCUACGAAUGGAUUGACCUAAUAUACGGCUCCUGUCCUGGGAUGGGCGGCGUCAGUAACCCGACAAACUUCUCGCACGCGGUCCACGUCGGCUUCGAUCCUCAGACGGGCGAUUUCGUCGGUCUACCGCCCGAGUGGUCCAAACUGCUCAAUUCGUCGGCGAUCACGAAGGAGGACUACGAGCGAAAUCCCCAAGCGGUUUUCGAGGUUCUUGAUUUCUACUCCGAUCUUACCAAGAGGCAAGAAAACCCCGCCCAAUACCCCGGACUCACUCCCACACCCGCCUCCAGCCAACAGCCUAAGCCCUAUGGUUACAACACUGGGGGCUCGACUGUCGCUCCCCCGCGACCUAUGCAGCCCCAGCAGCAGCAGCAGCCGCCGCAGCGCCCUGCAUACAAUACCAUUCCUUCGCAAUCAGCCCAAAACACUCCUCGCCGCCCCUCUCCGACUGAACAACAGCAACAACGCUCGCAGAUGCAAGGGAUGGCAUCCAACUACGUGUCUCAAGACUCGAUGCGAGACGAGCAGCGCAUGAAGCAGAUCGAGGCUCAGCGCCAGCGCGACAUCGAGGAGCAGAACCGACGGGAUAUGGAAGCCUACAAUGCCGCCAUCCCCAAGACAAAGACCCCGAUCGCGCAACAAGAGCUUGGAGGCUAUGGCGGCGGUCCAUCAUCGACCCCCGACCGAUACAACCCCACACGUGCCGCGCCUCCCGCACCUGCAAAGGGUCCCACACAGCCGCUUCGCGCUCAGCGUCCCGCCCCGCCUGCCCCCACCGGCUCCGGCUCUCGCCCUCCCAUUGCUCAACCUGGCAUGAGCUCGAGCUCUCAGUCCCGACCAGCCCCUGGCCAGAGCAGCCCUGCUCGGUACCAGAAUGGCGGCGCCGCCUCCUCCGCCCGGCCCAAUGGUCCUUCCGGCAACCCUCCUCCCUCCCGCCUUCCCGCGCCUGUUAAGCCUCUCAACGUCGCGCCCAAGCCAAGCGCCGCACAACAGCAAGCCGAUGCUGUUAGGGCUGCCGAAGCCGCGCUCACCGCCAAGCCGACCGCUGCAGAACGCAAGCAGGAUCAGCGCAUGUCUACCAUGUCUGAGAGCGAGGUUAUGGCUAGGCUAAGGGAGGUUGUUUCGAAGGACGAUCCUAACUUGUCGUAUUCCAAGCAGAAGAAGAUUGGCCAGGGUGCUUCCGGCUCCGUCUACGUUGCUAAGGUCAAAGAGGGUGCCGUUUCUCCCAUCGCCCGUGAAGUUCUCCGCCAGCAAGGACCCCGGGCUCAGGUUGCUAUCAAGCAGAUGGAUCUCGCACACCAGCCAAGGAAGGAACUCAUCGUCAACGAGAUCAUGGUCAUGAAGGACAGCCGGCAUAAGAACAUCGUCAACUUCUUGGAUGCCUUCCUUCGGAACAACAAUGCCGAACUCUGGGUGGUCAUGGAGUACAUGGAGGGAGGCGCCCUUACUGAUGUUAUUGACAACAACCCCACCAUUACAGAAGAGCAAAUUUCUACCAUCUGUCUCGAGACAUGCCGUGGUCUUCAGCACCUCCACUCCCAGAAGAUUAUUCAUCGAGACAUCAAAUCCGAUAACGUCCUGCUCGACGCUCGCGGAAAUGUCAAAAUUACUGAUUUUGGCUUCUGCGCUAAGCUUACGGACUCCAAGUCGAAGCGUGCCACUAUGGUUGGCACUCCGUACUGGAUGGCCCCGGAAGUAGUCAAGCAAAAGGAAUACGGCCCCAAGGUCGACAUUUGGUCACUCGGUAUCAUGGCGAUUGAGAUGAUCGAGUCCGAACCCCCGUAUCUGAACGAAGAACCCCUCAAGGCUCUGUACCUCAUCGCUACGAACGGAACACCGAGGUUGAAGAAGCCAGAGAGGAUCAGCAAGGAGCUCAAGGCCUUCUUGUCCGUCUGUCUUUGCGUCGAGGUCAAGUGCCGUGCUUCGGCCGACGAGUUGCUACAGCACGACUUCCUGAAACAUGGAUGCCCGCUCGCCAGCCUCGCCGAGCUACUUGCAUUCAAGAAGCAUGCUAAAUAA